AUGAAGUUCACCUCGUUCAUCUCCACUCUUACUCUUCUGGCUACCGCCACCGCCAGUGCUCUUCGUCCCAUCGGUGAUGUCAUCAAGCGGGAUCCAUCUGGUAGCUUCAAUCUAUACGACUACGGCGUUGCCAGUGGACCGUUGAAGCUAUUCUACGCUGAUGGUCUCGCUUACUUUGGCUCGCCCUCCGCAUGGUCCGGCUCCGUCGUCACAGACGUCACUUUCACCGCCUCAGACGGCCAAGUCAUCGCCCACUCCGCAUCCAGCACCUCCCUCCCCUCCAACACCCUUCUCUACGUCCGCCCGGACACCAACAGCGCCGCGCCGGUCGGGUUCACAGGCUCAAACACCCCGUCUGACGCCGUGACCGAUCAAUUCACCUGGUACGGCGCAUGGCUGUUCUUUCAGGUAGGAAACGAUCUGGAAAGCAAGUUCUAUGUGAAAGAGACGAAGGUUCAGGGUGUUUGGCAGCUUUUUUGGUUGUCUGGGGGGUCGUCGGACGGGUUUAAACCGGGGAAUGUGAGGAAUUUCGCGUAG